AUGUUGUCACCUCAGACUAUUCUGGACUUCUCACUGAAUGGAGAUUCAAGGGCCGGUACAGACAAAAAUCUCCAUUUCCAAGACUACAACAAACUGACCUCAUGCCUACAGGUGAAGAAACGAACUCCAAAUUGUCUUCAGAGGAACCCAACAGUGAAGGCACAGGACCAGAAGCUGUCAAAACCCUAUUGGAUCUCCUACCAGGACACCAACUACAGGCGCUCUAUUCCAGCUGAAGAGCGCCUGUCCAUCUGUCUGUGGUUUCUUGCCACUGGGGACUCCUACAGGACCAUUGCGGGGAGCUUCAGAGCGGGCAUAUCCACCGUCUCCAUGCUCAUCCCAGAUGUGGUGGCAGCCAUCUGGGACUGCCUCGUGGAGGAGUUCAUGGCUGUGCCUGGAGCAGAGGAGUGGAGAUCCAGCGAUGGAGGCAUCGUGUCCAACUCUGCCUUUGCCCGAGCCGAGGCCCUGACCCAGUGCUCCGCGAACAGAGCAAUCAUCCCCUGUUACCAUCCAAUCACCCAGACUCCAGACGCAGACAUGUCUCAUACCACAUCUGCUACAGCUUCAAUCUCACCCCCCAACCUGCUGUCUGCCACCUCAUAA